GUUGGAGCCUGGCGUCACUUCCGGCCAACCGGAAGUCUGGGGACGUGGUUGAACAACAUGGCUGGGGCCAAGUUUCAGUACGACGAAAGCGGCGGCACUUUCUUCUAUUUCUUGCUCUCUUUCCUCGCGCUCGUGGUCAUCCCGUGCACCUACUACUUCUGGCCCAAAGAGGAGCGCCCCGCCGACGACAAGAAGGGCCGACGAUGCCGCUGCAUCCACUGCAUCGACAAGAGUUGCCGGCUGCGAGUCAACGAGCCGUGGCGCCGCACCAAGCAAAAUGUCAUCCGCGUCCUCUUGGUGCUCGGCUGGGCCGCGAUGCUCGCCACGGCCUACAAGGUAGCCCACCUCGAGCACGACUUCGUCAAGUGGGACCCGUUCGAGAUCCUCGAGAUCGACCCAGCGUCGUCGGAACGCGACAUCCGGAAGGCGUACCGUAAGCUCAGUCUCAUCUACCAUCCCGACAAGGAGACCGGAGACGAGCAGAAGUUCAUGCUCAUCGCCAAGGCGUACGCAGCGCUCACCGACGAAGAGGCCCGCAAGAACUGGGAGACGUAUGGUAACCCGGACGGGCCGGGCGCCACGUCGUUCGGCAUCGCGCUGCCGUCCUGGAUCGUCGAGAAAGAGAACUCGCUAUGGGUGCUCGGACUCUACGCGGCGGUCUUCAUGAUCGCUCUGCCCGUGGCCGUCGGGGUCUGGUGGUACCGGUCCGCCAAGUAUGGCGAAGACCAAGUGCUGUUGGACACGUCGCACCUCUACCUGUACUUCAUCAACAAAUGUCAGACGCUGACCCUGCGGAGGGUCAUCAUGAUCCUCGCCGCCUCGCUGGAGUUCGAGAAGAGUCACAACCCGGAAGUAGUAUUACGACCCACCGACGACGUGGAGCUGCCAGCGCUUAUUAAGCAGCUGCCCAACUUUAACGAGAAGAACAAGGAGCGGCCGCUCUGCUACGAGUACAGCAUCAAGGCUCGUGCGCUCAUCUACGCCCACCUGCUCCGCAUUCCCCUGAGCCCCGGCCUGGACGAAGACCGCCGGUACGUGCUCCGCAAGUGUCCCGCGCUCCUCGCCGAGUUCGUGCACUGCGCGUCCCAGUUGACCAUGCUGGGACUGGCGGGCCGGAUCUCGCGGAUCCCCAAGCUGGAGACUCUGGAGGCGGCCAUGCGACUCUGCGCGCUCCUGGUGCAGGCCCAGUGGGAGCACAGCCACCAGUUUCUCCAGCUGCCCCACGUGACGGAAGACCUGCUGAAGCACCUCAGCGGCCGCCGGCGCUGCAUACGCAGCCUCCACCAGCUAUGCGCGCUCCCUGCGGACGAGCGACGGGCGCUCUUUAGGAGCCUCAGCGAUGCCCAGUACGAUGACGUUCUGCACUGCCUGGAAGGGAUGCCGCUCAUCGAGCUGAGCGUCCGGACGGAGGUGCUAGACGACGAAGACGAGGGAGUCAUCACGGCCGAGUCAAUUGUGACGGUCACGGCGACGCUGAAGAGGAAGCCGCUCCUCUCCAACGCUCGAGAAGGACCGGUGCAGCCGGAGACGGAAGAGCCGUCUGGCGCGGAAGACGGCGAGACAUCUGCGGCCGGCGACGCCAAGGAGAUCAAGGAGAACUCGCCGCACGUGCGGAACAACAAGCCCAAGGGCUGGGAGAAGUCACGGAACAAGAAGAAGGGUGGCAAGGGUGCCAAGGGGAAGAAGAAGGGGCCACCGCAGGGCAAAAAGGGUGGUAAGCAACAGGUCGCAGAGCUCAAGGAAGAACAGCAGCCAGCCACAAGGGACGAAGAAGAGGCGGCGCCCGAAGAUGACGAGGAGAGCAAUUCGGAGGACAGCGAGGAUGAGGGCCAGCGCAAUCACCAGCACCACCGGCAGAGCCAGCAGAACCACGUGUCCGGCGGCACAAAGUCCGCAGUCGCCGAAGAGGAGGACGACGACUGGCAGAGCAUCCAGCACAAGGUGUCCAAGAAGGACAAGAACCUGGAGAAGAAGUCGCGCAGGUCGCACGGCGUCCACUGCCCGCUCUUCCCCGAGGACAAGCAGGAGUUCUGGUGGGUGUACCUGGUGGACAAAAAACAGCGGAGUCUGGCCACGGUGCCCUUCCUGGUCACAAGCCUGGUGGACGUGGAGGAGGCCGUGCUCAAGUUCACGGCCCCGUCUCGGCCAGGCGUGUAUAACUACACGCUCCAGGUGCGCAGCGACUCGUACCGGGACCUGGACGUGUCACAGAACCUCCGGCUGGACGUCAAGCCGGCCCAGAAGGUUGUGGAGUCGCAUCCGCAGUGGGACAUUUCGGAAGACGAAGCGGAUCGGGCGGACGAGGAGGACAGCGCCGUCGAAGACUCGGACCUGGCGGCCAGCGAGGGCUCCGAGUACGAAGACUGACGGGCAGCCAACAUCGCUCGCUUCAUUGCCUUUUGAAGACGCCGUUGCCACGACUACGGAUCAGACUUUGGACGCUUCUCGGGGGGGGGGGGGGGGGGGGGGGGGGGGCCGUGCUCGGUCGCUCUGCUGCUGCAUUUUUAGGGAGGCGUCCGUCUGCCAAACUUCGUUGGGUCGCCGGCAGAGCGUCGAGGGACGGGCAUGGGACUUGAUGCCGAUGGACAAUAUUUAACGACGGGGGUGGGGGGGUCGCGGCAGCUUCGAUCUCGUGUUCGGAUCCGGAGGAAGAUCCGCUCGUGUGGCAAUGACGGGGGAAGGGGGGGGGGGGGCGACUUUUGGAGGACUCUAGGAUUUUGGGCGCAACCUCCCACCAACGAUCGUCGGCAUUAUUUUUGUAUUAAAAGUCGAUUUUUCAAAGGGUACCUUGCGGUCACUCUUGAAAUUGCUCCGGCAA